UUGUCUAAAGUCUAAACUCAAUUACAUGUGGUUUCACCUAUUUUCCAAUAUUCACCGAAAAGAAAAAACAAAAGAAAACCUCCAUUCCCUGAUUCAAACUUCUCUCCCAAGUCCCAAGUACCAUCUCUCCCACUCUCACUACUCUCUGUACAUCACAAGUGACAACCAUCAGUAUUCAGUCCUCCUAGCCGUUAGCAGCGAAAGAAUGUUCACCCCUCAAAGGAAAGCACCAUGGACCCCACUUAGUUCAGCGCCGACCAGAAGAACCCUCAACAGUUCCUCCGAAAAAGGAAAAACACCAUGGACCCCACUUAGUCCAGCGCCGACGCCUCCACCCACGACUUCGCUUGCUGCGUCGGAAACUGAUGGAUUUGAUAGAGGGAAUUCCGACGAUUGGCGCAAGUUUAAGGAGGCGGGUUUAUUAGAUGAGUCUGCUUUAGAGAAGAAAGAUCACCAAGCUUUGCUUAACAGGAUUUCUCGCCUUGAAAAAGAGCUUUUUGACUAUCAGUACAACAUGGGGCUGUUGCUCAUGGAGAAAAAAGAUUUAGUUUGCAAAACAGAAGAACUAGGGCAAGAAGUUUCUGAAGCUGAGGAGAUUCUUAAGCGUGAGCGGGCUGCUCAUUUGAUUGCUGUUUCGGAAGCUGAGAAGCGAGAGGAAAAUUUGAAGAAGGCUUUAAAUAUGGAAAGACUAUCAGCGGUUGAUCUUGAGAGAGCUUUGCGUGAUAUACAUGAAGAGCAUACAAGAACUAAAGCUACAUCUGAGACUUCUGUGGCUAAUUUAAAUGCUCGUAUGGAAGAACUCCAAAAACUAAAUUUGGAUGUAGAGAGAAGAUCUUGUUCAGUUGAUGCUAGACUUGCUGAGUCAGAUAGAAAGAAUUCUGAGCUAGACAGAAAGCUGCAAGACUUAGAAGUUCGUGAAAACGUUCUUCAGACGGAGCAAUUAUUGUUAGCUCAAGACCGAGAAUCCCAUGAAUUAGAUUUUCGGAAGCAGAAGAAAGAUAUGCUUGAGUGGGAGAAGAAAUUGCAAGAAGGAGAACAAAGGCUCUGCGAGAAUCGGAGAAUCCUUAAUGAGAGGGAAGAAAAACUGCAUGAAACUGAUAUCUCCUGCAAAGUAAAGGAGUCUAAUAUUGAGGAGUUGCAAAAAAAGAUUGAUUUGGCUAAUGCAACUCUAAAGAAAGUAGAAGAUGAGGUAAAGAAUCAAUCAGCAGAAUUGGAUAUGAAGGAGAAGGAAGCUGAGGCCAUGAGAAGCAAAUUGGAAGCAAGACAAAAACAACUGCAAGAAGAGGAAGAAAGGCUUGAUGUGAGAGAAAAAGUAGAGUUAGAGAAGCUUCUUGAUGAGCAUAAGGUUAUGCUAAAUACUAAGAUGCAUGAAUUUGAGUCAGACAUGAGACAAGAAAGAACAGCUUUUGAGGACGAACUGAAAAGCAGAAAAGAAUCAGUGGAUAAAAAGGAAACUGAAAUCAAUCAUCUUGAGAUGAAGCUGGGUAAACGAGAACUGGCACUGGAAAAGAAGUCAGAGAGGGUGAAAGAUAAAGAAUCGGACUUUGAACGAAAGAAUGAAAUAUUGAAGGAGCAAGAAAAACGUCUAAAAGCUGAAGACAAAAGACUAGAGGCAGAGAAGAAACAAGUUAGUAUUGAGAAAGAGAGUCUGGAGAUAUUACGGAAGGAAAUUGAAACGCUAAGAAAUGAUGCAAAGAAACAGGAACUGCAUAUUGAGGAAGAAAUAAAAAAGCUGGAGGAUGCUGAGAAAGAGAGGUUAGAGUAUCUUCGCCUGCAGUCAAGCUUAAAGCAGGAGAUAAACAAUGUAAAGCGCCAGAGUGAAUUAAUAGAGAAGGAAGCUUCAGAAUUGAAGCUUGAAAGGGAGAGGUUCGAGAAAGAUUGGGAGGCAUUGGAUGAGAAACGAAUUGUUGUAGAUAAAGAGCUUAAGACUCUAGCUGAAGAAAAAGAAAAAUUUGAAAAGUUGCGAAGCUCAGAAGAAGAGAGAUUGAGAAGUGAGAGAGCUGAAAAUGAGGAGCGUCUCCUUCUGGAGUCCGAGAGCAUCAGAUUACAAAAAGAAUCAUUUGAAGCUAUGAUGGAACAUGAAAAGUUAAUUUUAGCUGAAGAGGUUGAAAAAAAGCAUGCUCACAUGCGUCAUGAUUUUGAGCAGCAGAAACAGGAUCUUUAUAAUGAUAUGAAUAAGAGACAGGAAGAGUGGGGGAAGUUAGUGGAAGAAAAGGAGAGAACUUUGGAAGAAAUGAGGUUGAGAGAAAUGAGAAAUGUGAAGAAUUUGAAAGAAGAUGCAGAGAGAAAGAUGGAAGAAAUGGAAAUGGAAAGGCAUCACAUGGAGAAGGAAAGGGAGAAAAUGGAAUUGGAUAAAAAGCAGCUUGAAGAAACUGGUAUUGAGAUAUCUAAAGAUAUUAAGGCUCUUGAUAAUCUCAGUAAAAAGCUAAAGAAACAGAGAGAACAGUUGGUCAGUGAGAGGGAACAUUUUGGUGCUCUAGUUGAGAGAAUCAAGUCCUCCAAAAUUUGUGGAGAUUCUGCUCAAGCAUUUCUUCAUAGUGAUUUCCAGCUACCAACCAUGGAGGGAUCUUCACAUUUUCAUAGGCUUUCUCGUGAUGAUGAGAUUGAUGCUAAGGAUGAACGUACUUUAAGAGAUUUAGAUAAAGCAAAGUCUCCUCUCACUGGGGGAGUUGAUAGGAAUCCUCCUCAAUUAGGUGGACAGAUGAGCGUGCUCCGGAAGUGUGCUUCAAUCAUCUUUAACUUGUCUCCCGAAAAAGGAAUUCAACAUACUGAUAAUCAUGUUUUGGAAGAAUCCCCACAUUCUUCUACAUAUAUGCAAGCAAACGAACACUUGAGGGAACAAACAUCUGCUAUUGAUGAGCUGGCACCAGCGUUUGCAAUAGUAAAUGACGCCAUAAACAUUUCACAAUCAGAUGUUCGAGAAGAUGUUGUUGAUAAUUCUUUGACAGCUGAUGAGAUUGAUGUUGACAGUGAAAUCCAAGGCAUUAAAGAGCCUGAGAAAUCUGAUCUAAGGAAUAUUCAGCGCAAACGCGGUAGGAAGCGUGGUUCUGGUGUCCGAAGGACACAUUCUGUUAAAGCAGUGGUUGAAGAUGCAAAGGCUUUUUUAAGGGAUAGCUCAGUAGGUACUAUAGAAGAGCACCCAGAUGAUUCCAUGGGUGCAAAUGUGAAUAAGCCGGAAAAGAACCUCCUUGUUGACAUGACACCAGCUACCAGUGCCCGGAAGCGCAGUCGUUCUCAGGCGUCAAAAGUGACUGAAAGUGAGCAGGAUGCUGAUCAGAGCGAGGGACAUGCUGAUAGUGUGACAACUGGUAAUCGGCGCAAAAGACGACAAACAGUUGCACCGGCUUUACCCACUCCUGGUCAAAGGCGAUACAAUCUUAGGCGUCAUGCAGUCAGUGCAACCCCAAGUGCUGAGACUGAGACGGGGGAUGAGGUUACCCGCAAAGGCACUAAUCAAGCAGUGCAAAAUCCUAAUGAAACACCUGUUGAAUCAUUGGACAUUGCUGUUGAGAACGACAGAAGAUUGCAUGUGGAGCAAGAUUCAACCACUAGAAGUGUUGAAUUUUCAUCUGAUAGGUGUAAUAAUACAACAACCAAUGUAGCUGGCGAUCAUGUUGAUGAUGCAAAAUCAGUAGAGAACAAUGCAGUAUUUGUCAGAGAAGUAAAGACAGCUGAAGAUACAUUGUUGGGUGAGAUCAAUGGAACUUCAGUUAAUGUUGAAGAAGAUAACAGAAGCAUGGUCAACGAAAAUGACGAUGAUGAUGAUGAUGAUGAUGAUGAUGAUGAUGAUGAUGAUGUGGAUGAUGAUGUGGGUGAUGAUAAUGAUGAUGAUGAUGAUGACUAUGAUCAUCCAGGUCAAGCAUCAAUGAGAAAGAAGCUCUGGAAAUUUUUUACAUCAUGAUUUUCUUCAGCAGCUUAGUUGGAUAUGUACUAUAAUUGUCAGUAGGUACUGUUUGGAACACUUUUUGUACCCAACAAAAAUGUGAUAAAUGUGGAGAGAUAGCAAUCUCUCCCAUCUGUUCUUGAUGCAAUGAAAUAGGACCAUUCUUUCGUGAGAA